AUGGAUCAACCUACAAACUCCAUUAAGCAGCAGGAGCUGCAGCAACAGCCACAAACCGCAGCAGAAGCAGCAGCAGCAGCAACAGCAGCAACAGCAGCAGCAACAGCAGCAAAGAAGAACAGCCUUGUCGAGGACACCUGGAUACAGCCAUCUCAGAUGACCGAGCAGCAGCAGCAGCAGCAGCAGCAGCAGAAGCAGCAGCAGCAGCAGCAGAAGCUGCUGCUACCGCUGCACGACAAGCAGCAGCAGGAAGAAUUUAAGAAGGAAGAGCAAGAGCAGCAAAACAAGCAGCAGCACGAGCAGCAAAAGCAGCAAGACAAGCAGCAUCAAGAGCAGCAGGAGCAGCAGGAGAAGCAACAGGAGCAGCAGGAGCAGCAGCAACAGAAGCAGCAAAUCAGCAGCAGUAUUACCCCCCCUGCCGGUCUAUCUGCUGCACCAUUCACGUCAGCAGCGGCAACAACAACAGCAGCAGCAGCAGCAACAACAGCAGCAGCAGCAGAAACAACAGCAGCAGAUGAGGAUGCAGCUCUUGUUACUCCUAAGGGUCAGGCUUCCUUGACGACAGCUGCGGAUACACCUGAAAACAAAACAGCAGCAACUAAAAAAGGAACAGCAGCAGCAGCAGCAGCAACAGCAGCAGCAGCAGCAAGGAAGCCGUCGGCAUCAAAAACUAAGACGAACACCUCCGCUAAGACGAGCAAGAGCAGCAACAGCAGCAACAGCAGCAACAGCAGCAACAGCAGCAACAGCAGCAGCAACAGCAGCAACAGCAGCAGCAGCAGCAGCAGCAGCGGGCUUAGCAUCCUACAAACUGAGGGAAUCAUCCCGCAGCAGCAGGAUCAGCAAUCCCCUCAGCAGCAGCAACAGCAGCAGCAGCAGCAACAGCAACAGCAGCAGCAGCAGAACAGCAGCAGCAGCAGCAUCCGGCUGCCACUUUGCCCAACAAUAACAGCCAAGCCUAAGCCAAGAUCAGCAGCAGCAAAUCAUAUGCUUGACUUUGGGGGGCCCCACCUAGCUGGGGGCCCCUUCAGCAGCAGCAGCAGCAACAGCAACAGCAGCAGCAACAACAGCAGCAGCAGCAGCAGCAGCAGGAAUGAAUUGACACAUUUAGCUAGCUGGGGAGGAGGAGAUUCAGCAAAAACAAAUAUUAUGCUGCACAGCUAUUGCUCAGCUCCUGCCUCUCUCUCCCUUCACCUGCAGCAGCAGCAGCAGCAGCAGCAACAGCAGCAACAGCAGCAGGAACCUUCACUGCAGCAGCGAGCUAGUCUUGCUGCUGCUGCUGCUGCUGUCUUGGCACAGCCAGAAGCAAGGCCUCUUACUUUAACGCGAUUUGAAAUGCUAGAGGCUUACUCUAAAGUUGUGAUAGUCGAAGUCAUCGAAUGCCAAGUUGUCCACAUGGAGAAUUUGUUUGUCCUAAUUGCCAUAGAGCCUCACACAGGUAUACACCAGCAGCAGCAGCAGCAGCAGCAGCAGCAGCAGCAGCAGGAACAUCAGCAAGAGUAG